GAUUCUGCACUGACUUUACUCAACCUGCUUGUUUGUUCUCUCUCAGUUCUGGUGGCGUAUGGACGUGCUGCUCGCGUGUGCCUCGUUUAGCUGCUUCAGUUUCAAGUUCUAAAGUAACACAAAACAAAGCGUUUGCACGCACACGCAAAGUGAACGAAAUUUAAUUUGCGAUUUUUAACGGGCCGAAAGGAAAGGUUUACCUGUACAGUAUUCACGUACGGGAUUUAAAGCCAUGCGAUUUAUCGUCUUGCAACGUUCACCAGACCCUUAAGCACAAUCAUGUCGUCGACGGAGCUGUACGUGAAGGAUGCACGCGUUUGGAUUCCACACCCGGAAACAGUAUGGGAAGGAGCGGUUGUGGCCGAAGACUACAAGCAGGAUGAUACACUGCUCAAGCUCGUCACCGAUCGUGGCGUAGAGCACACGGUACAGCUUAAAAGCACAGCGGAUCUUCCCCCGCUACGUAAUCCGGCCAUUCUAAUUGGACAAAAUGAUCUCACGGCACUUUCAUACCUGCACGAGCCGGACGUGCUGUACAAUCUGGAGGUACGGUUCUGCGAUCGGCAAGCCAUCUACACGUACUGCGGUAUCGUACUGGUUGCCAUCAAUCCAUACGCCGAGCUACCACUCUAUGGUGCCGAUCUUAUCCGAGCGUACCGGGGGCACGCGAUGGGCGAACUGGAGCCUCACAUUUUUGCAGUGUCCGAGGAAGCGUACGCGAAGCUCGAGCGGGAAAAAUGUGACAUCAGCAUCAUUGUUAGUGGUGAAUCGGGUGCCGGUAAGACGGUUUCAGCAAAGUACGCGAUGCGAUACUUUGCCGCUGUCGGUGGCAGCGAAUCGGAGACACAUAUCGAAAAGAAGGUACUCGCCAGCAGUCCCAUCAUGGAAGCGAUCGGGAAUGCGAAAACCACACGAAACGACAACAGCUCCCGGUUUGGCAAGUUCACGAAGCUGCUGUUUCUCAACAACCAUUCCAUGGCGUUAACCGGUGGCACAAUGCAGACGUAUCUGUUGGAGAAAUCUCGCGUCGUAUUUCAGGCACCGGGUGAACGGAACUAUCACAUCUUUUAUCAACUGUGUGCCGGGCGUGAUCAAUGGCCCGAACUGAUGCUGGAUCAUCAGGAUAAGUUUCAUUUCCUAAACCAAGGACAAUCGCCCAAUAUUAAUAAACUGUCGGAUAAGGAUCAGUUUGAGGAUACGCUCACGGCGCUUAAAACGCUCGGUUUCGAUGAUGCGGAGAUAGGUGAUAUCAUGAAAGUGAUCGCAUCGGUACUACAUCUGGGCAAUGUGGUGUUUAACCACAGGCAGAAAAGUCAAACACAGGAAGUGGACAGUGAGGCCUGCUCGAUCGCUAGUAACGAUCUGCAUCUGAACGUUGCCUGUGAUAUUUUGCAGCUUGAUCGGGUGGAGCUGCGUAAGUGGCUGGUAACGCGACAGAUCGAAUCGAUGAACGAUAGCGUGCUGAUACCGAUGAACAAACAAACAGCAGAAGCGACACGAGACGCCCUGGCAAAGCACAUCUAUGCGGAAUUGUUUCAGCAUAUAGUGCAGAAGAUCAAUCGCAACUUAGCUGGCAGUAAGAAGCAAACUUGUUGCUUCAUAGGUGUUCUCGACAUCUAUGGUUUUGAAACAUUUGACAUAAACUCAUUUGAGCAGUUUUGCAUAAAUUACGCAAACGAGAAGCUGCAGCAGCAGUUUAAUCAGCAUGUGUUUAAGCUGGAACAAGAGCAAUACCUACGUGAAGGUAUCGAAUGGAAGAUGAUCGACUUUUACGACAAUCAACCGUGCAUUGAUCUGAUCGAAGCGAAGCUCGGUAUUCUGGAUCUGCUGGACGAGGAAUGUCGUAUGCCGCGGGGUAGUGAUGAGUCCUGGGUUGGCAAGCUGAUGGAAAAGUGUAGCAAGUACAAACACUUCGAUCGGCCCCGGUUCGGUACGAGUGCGUUCCUGAUCAAACACUUCUCCGACACGGUGCAGUAUGAGUCGCGUGGCUUUUUGGAGAAGAACCGUGAUACCGUAUCGCGGGAGCUUGUUAGCGUGCUAAAAGCGUCCGGUAUGCGGCUGUGCCAGAGGUUAAUGUUAGCGCAGGAGGAGGGGCACUCGGAUGCCGAUGCAAAAGCACAGGCAGCGGGUGUGAAGAUUAUGGUUAGUGCGGCAAGAAGUCAGCAUUCGGUGGAGAAGAAGAAAAAGCCGGUGACUCAGAAGCAGCAAAGAAAAACGGUCGGUUCUCAGUUCCGGGAGAGUUUGACUCAGCUGAUAACGACGCUCCACAACACGACACCACAUUACGUGCGCUGUAUUAAGCCAAACGAUGACAAGGCACCGUUUAAAUGGGAAGCACCAAAGAUCGUACAACAGCUGCGAGCUUGCGGUGUGCUGGAAACGGUACGCAUAUCCGCCGCCGGUUUCCCAUCACGCUGGAAGUAUGAAGACUUCUACGAACGCUACCGGUUGCUCUGCAAGCGUUUGCAGAUCGUCGACUGGCACGUGAAGGCUACCUGUACGAACAUUGUGCGCAACUGGCUUCACGAUCCGGACAAGUAUCGGUUGGGAAACACGCAAAUCUUUUUCCGCGCUGGUCAGGUUGCGUACCUGGAGCAGGUGCGAAGUGAAACCAGGAAAAAACACAUAAUCGUGGUGCAGUCGUUGAUACGCCGGUUCAUCUGCAGGAGGCGGUACAUGCGGUUAAAACAGACUGCGCUUGGUUUGCAGCGACACGCUCGUGGCAUGUUGGCUAGAAAACGCGCGGAUAAUUUGCGUAAAAACCGCGCUGCUAUCAUCAUUCAACGCUACACACGCGGUUGGUUGCAGCGCAAAAAGUAUCUGCAAAUACGGAAAGCGGUUUUGGAACUUCAGACCCGUGCCCGUAGUUACAUGGCGCGACGCAAGUUUCACGAGGUGCUGGAUAACUAUAAGGCAACACAGAUACAGCGGUUUUGUCGUGGAUAUUUGGCCCGUCGUCGAUACAGGGCACGGUUGGCAAAUAUCAUCAAAUGCCAGGCUGCUAUACGGCGCUUCCUUGCGCGGCGUGCUUUCAAGAGGCUGAAGGCCGAAGCACGCACCGUGGCACACAUUCAGAAGAUGUACAAGGGUCUCGAAAACAAGAUCAUCGAGCUGCAGCAGCGACAUGACGUACUGUCGAAGGAAAAUGCCGCUUUGAAGAAGCAAAACGUUGAGGUUGUGGAGAUGCGCCAGAAGCUGGAAGCCAUGAAACGGUUGGAGAACGAACUUAAGCUAUUACAGCUGCAGCUGGUCCAGAAAGAUGAGAAACUGCUGCUUUCGAUAAAACAGCUAGAAGGCGAGCGUGAUGAAAAAAUGCAACUGCUGGAAGAGAAGCAACGUGAAGAGGAGAAUCGCCAACAGGAACGGGAAACGUUUGAGCAGGAGAUUGCAAAAGUCCGCCGCGAGGUGACGGAGAUUAGUGCGGUCACGCAGAUCGAACGUGCCCGGUUAGUGUCGCAGGCGGACACGGAAGAGAUACACGCGGCCUACCAGCGCACGGUGAAGGAUAAGGAUGCGCUAGAGAAUGAGAAUGUAGCCCUCCGGCAAGAAGUUCGUCGGCUGCAGCGCAUUAUGGCGGAUUCGCAUGAGCUGAAAACUCAUUCACGUUCCGUCAGUAAUGCGUCCAGCACGAACGAAGAGGAUUAUGGCUACACAUCCGGACGGAACACGCUGGAUAUACGGCGUGCAUCGCCUCAUCCAUAUGAAGGUGAUAUCGGCAGUGGUCUCGCGACUGUCGCUAGUGGGGGAAGCCUUAGUCGGGGGACUCAGCGCAGCGGCAGUGGUUCUGUUAGUAGUAAUUAUAGCGUUAGUAGUACAAUUGUCGCUAGUCAUGGUGAGCGGAAGGAUGAGAAGAGGCAUCCUUUCAUUGAUUACGAACGGGUGUACCGAACACCACCCGAUACAAUCGGUAUGCUGAAAGAUCCUUCUGAUUCGACUGUAGGAGAUUCGCCUGAAAAGGAUCAAACGGCCAUUAUUUUACGCAUGCGAAAGCUGUUCGAGGAAGAGAAAUCCAAGAGCGAUCAACUGCGCAAGGAGCUAGCCCGGCUAAAGAAAUCUUCUACCUUCAGCACGGAAGACUCAAUCCGCGCAUCCGAACUGGAGGUGGAGAAUGAAAAGCUGCGACAGGAUUACAAUUUACUGCGCAACAGCAUCAAGCGUGGUGUUGAGUCGCGUGAAAUGGACGCACAGUACGGUGCGCUACAAGAAGAGCUAAAGCGCCGCCGUGAAGAAUGUAUCUCCCUGAAGGCCGUCCUAGCACAGCAGAGUCAAUCGUUGCGCUCGCUCGGUCAAACCACGAACGGUGAAACCAGCCUGCGGAUACACGACGAAGGUGAACUGAUGGAAGCGUUCCAGGCGCAAAAGCUGGUCAACCGUCAGCUCGAGUCGGAACUGCGCGCGAUCACGGAUGCAAACAACGAAACGCUUGUGGAGAACAAUCGCAUCAUCGAUGGGCUAAAGUCGGAGAAUGGUGAACUGCAAACGAUUCUACAGCAGCGCGUCGAGCAGGUAGGGGAAGAGGUCGAUCUGGAAACUGUGCGACAAAACGAACAGUAUCUACGGCACGAGCUGAAAAAAUCGACCGCCGCCUAUGUGGAGCUGCAGGAGCAACUGAAUGAGCUGCUGGCGAAGAAUACUGAGCUGCUCAAGAAAAACAACAUCUUGUCGAAUCGAUUGCGCGAUCAUGGUUUGAACGAUUCCAUACUGAUGAACGAUGAGUUCCACAGUAUGGUGGCGGUGGUGAAGAAGCAAACACAAUCGUCCCAGGGCAUACUAAAGUAUCGGCAGGAGGAUGAGAGCAAGAUCAUGCAGCGGUUGGUAACCGAUCUGAAGCCACGGGUGGCAGUAACACUUGCGCCAAGUUUACCCGCAUACGUAGUGUUCAUGUGCAUCCGGUACACGGAUCUAGUCAAUAUGGAUCAGCUCGUAAGGUCGCUUUUGACGCGCUUUGUGCAGAUGAUAAAACGACUGUAUCGUGGUGCGAACUCGGUCGAAGUACGCGUCAUGUGGCUAGCGAAUACGCUCACCUUGCAUAAUCUAAUGAAGCAGUUCGGUGGAUACAAGGAUUACAUGAAAUACAACACGGAUGUGCAGAAUGCGCAGCAGUUGAAAAAUUUCGACCUAGCCGAAUAUCGACAGGUAAUCCACGAAACGAUCGUCUCGAUGCACGGCGUACUGAUAAGACAGAUACAGGAGAGCAUUAAGCAGUACAUUGUGCCGGCAAUUUUACACCACGACGAAACGGCACGGGGCAAAUCGCGUCGUACGAUGUCGCUCGACAUCUCACCGGAGCAGGGCCGUUCGGAGCCGGAAUUGCUCGUACAGCAGCUAGACUGUCUGUACAACCAUUUGAGCAGCUUCGGGCUGGAGGGAUGCUACAUUGAGCAGAUAUUUAAGCAGCUGAUGUACUACAUCUGUGCCGUGUCGGUUAAUAAUCUUAUGGUGCGCGGUGAUUUGUGCAUGUGGAAGACGGGCAUGAAGCUGCGGUAUAAUAUGGGCUGUUUGGAGGGAUGGGUGCGCACGAUGAAAAUGGAUCCGGACGUAAUGAAGCCAUUCGUGCCGCUAAACCAGAUCUCGUCCAUACUGCAGGCACGCAAAUCGGAGGAGGAUGUGCCAACGCUACUAGAGCUCAGUACGGCCCUAUCUACGGCACAGGUUUUGAAGAUCAUAAAAUCCUACAAGACGGAUGAUUGUGAAAACCAAAUCAAGCCGGCAUUCAUUGAAAAGCUUACCAAACAGUUAAACCUUCGGUCCGAGCAAGCGGAAUCGGAUACGUACAUGAUGGCGGAAGACAUCGUCAGCCCGCUGGUGGUAUUGUUCAAAUACACGGAAAUGAAUCUGGAAGACAUCGAUUUACCGCCCGAGCUGAAUCUAGAAGGAUUGGUUACCAAAAUCUAAGCUACUUAAUUCGUUAAACGACCCAACUAUACUGUUAGAAAAUGCUCCGAUUCCUUAUGCGAGCUUUACCUGUAACUCAUGUUUUUUUGCUACACUAAGUUAAGAUUGUUGAAACUAUGGAACCAGUGCCUAGAAGCGUCAAUGGGGCACUAUUUGUUAUUUGAAAGUUGUUAUUUUACUUCGGUCUGACUGAAUGAUUCUAUAAGUGAGCGUGUUACUAUAUGCGGUAGUAGAACAAAAUUACCUGAAAGAAGUGCAAUUGGAGUUUUUUUCUUGCUUUCUUUUCGAAAAAAAAACAAUCAUUUUUUCGCUGUGUGAUUCAAAUAGGAUCGGCCCAAUGCCGAUCGAUAGAUGUUCGUAAGUUUUUCGUUAAGUUUAUAAAACUGUCGAAACAGUGAAGCUGUUACAAGUGUGCGGAAGCAGGCGUUAGUAGCAGGGAAUGACUGAACUCUUGAUGGGACUUUUUUGCGAAACGUGUGUGCCUAAUCUGUGAGCGUAAGUGCGAUUGAUGAAUAACGAGAAAAAGUAAAAAAAUCUAUCUAUUUAGUUUGAAACACAAGUUUCUAUUACGUUCCCUCUCCUUUGGUUGUGCGAUUUGUUGAUCAUAUAAAAGAGGGGACACAAUGAGAGUGACUCUAGAAUCUAAAGCAUUUAAAAUAACUUAAUUUAAAAUAACAUACACACACACUUGCAUUUGAAAAAAGUGAACGAAUAGUGUAUUGUAUCGAUAGAGCUAUAAGUAUUUAAAGGGAAUGAAGUAUAUGCAAUAUAUUUACACCAACGUACAUUGAGUAUGUGUAGUAAGUUGUAAAUCUAUAUUAUCCACAGUAAAAAAGGGACUAAAGAUAGUAUAUUAGUAUUAGUGGAUUAGUAUUAAAAAAAUUAAAAGAAACCAUUAGGUAAUAAACAAAACAAGAAUGAGCUAGCCAAAAUUGGUGAAAACAAUAACAAAAUCAUUCAAUGUUUUGUACGGGAGGACUGUUCUGAAAUGAUGAUGAAAUACAUACCUGCAUCAUAUGUAACAACACGCUUCAUUAAUAAAAAGGAUAGAUUCAUGUAGACGACCACUAUAUAGUUAUAUAGAUAUAGACCACUAUAUAGUGAGCAUUUGAAGGAUAGCAGUGAAGGGCACAAUAAAUUAGCUUUGUGUUUCAUUGCUUAUCCUUAGUAUUAAAUAAACGUUAGAGUUUCAUGAAAAGCA